AUGUUGAUGGUAAAUGAUAUAAAACAAGGUCAUUUUCGUGCCUUAUUGAAGUAUAGAGCCAAAGGAGACGACUUUCUACGUACUGUUCUGGAAGGUUUAGGUAAACGUAAUAAAUACACUAGUCCAGUCAUUCAAAACGAAAUAGUCCAGGUGUGCAAUACAAUAUUACUACGAAAAAUAGUAAAUAAAGUUAACAAAUCAAAAUGUUUCUCGGUUCUUGCCGAUGAAACAACGGAUAUAUCCACAAAAGAGCAGCUCUCUAUUUGUGUCCGUUAUAUUGAUGAACAAAAUAUGCAUCAUGAGGACUUUUUACAGUUCUUUGAAAUUGAAAGUUUGACUAGUGAUGCCUUGGCAAACUCCAUAUUAAAUGGUUUAAUUCAUUGUGGUCUAGAUUGUAAUUAUUUAUAUGGUCAGGGCUACGAUGGGGCCAGUAACAUGGCUGGCCAAUUUAAAGGAGUCCAAACUGUUGUACGGUCUAAAUAUCCCAAAGCUUUGUAUGUGCACUGUGCUGCACAUUCAUUGAAUUUGGCAGUUUCAACAGCAAGUGGAAUAAAACCUAUCAGAAAUUGUUUAGGAUUAAUCGAAAAAGUAUACACGUUUUUUAACACCCCCAAAAGGAAUUCUGUUCUUUUACAUGUAAUUGAAAAUUCUGACGAUGAGCCUAGCACAAAACAACUAAAACGACUUUGUGCCACACGCUGGAUUCAACGCUAUGAUUCAGUAAAAGAUUUUUCAGAGCUAUUCCCAUUUGUUCUUUCAGCAUUAGAAAUUAUUUCUGAUUGGAAAGAUCCAAGUGAGGCUCGCAUGAUAAAAAAGUCGAUGGAAGAUACAGAGUUUAUAAUUUCUUUCAAUGUUAUUAAGUUGUUAUUUUCAUUUGGUCUUCCAUUGUGUAAGCAACUACAAAAAGUACAAAUUGAUCUUGGAAGAACUAUAUACAUAGUAGAAAAUAUGAUAGCCACUUUAAAGUCUAUUCGAGAAAAUUCUGAAGUAGAAUUUUGUAUAGUCUACAAUAACGUUAAGGUAAAUAGUUGA